UAGAAACAUCAGUGAUGAGAGUCAGAGAUCAGCUGCCUCUUGCACGCCCCCUGCUGGGGAUCCCCAGCCGCAACCCCAGCACGUGUCCUCACCGGAAUCCAACCCGGAUCCCUCAGUCCGCAGGCCAGCGCUCCAGCCAGGGCUUGUCUUGGUUCUUUUAUUCUAUAGGUCUCUUAUGGUCCAGGCAGCUUUACCCACACUCCAUUCCAACAGCUUCCACUUUGGCAUUGAAGACUGUUCCCAGUAAUGGCCCUUUGUCAUCUUCAGGAACCAGAGACAAUUGUCAUUUCAGCAGCUUGACCUGUGCGCUACAGACACAAUGCUGCAUUUCUUCUCCCAGCAACUUGAUGGGCCAACAGUAUAGAUCCUAUAGUUUCUUCACGAAAUGUACGUUAUUCAUGUAUGUUUUUAAACUUUCAGGGCGCAGUGGCUUCCUAUGGCCUGGUCUGAAUGUCCCUCUUAUGAGGGAUGGAGCUGUGCAGACCAUUGCCCAGAGAAGCAAGGAAGAGCAGGAGAAGGUGGAAGCUGACAUGUUCCAGCAGAGAGAAGAAUGGGACCGGAAGAGGAAGAUGAAGGUUAAGCGGGAGCGAGGCUGGAGUGGAAACACGUGGGGAGGUGUCAGUCUUGGCCCCCCCGACCCUGGUCCCAAUGGAGAAACAUAUGAUGAUUUUGAUACCAGGAUACUUGAGGUAAGAAAUGUUUUCAAUAUGACAGCAAAAGAGGGAAGAAAGAAAUCGGUCCGUGUGCUGGUCGCCGUGGGGAAUGGCAGAGGAGCCGCAGGUUUUGCCAUUGGAAAAGCCACUGAUCGGGCGGACGCUUUCAGAAAAGCAAAGAACAGAGCAGUUCACUAUUUGCAUUAUAUAGAACGAUAUGAAGACCAUACAAUAUACCAUGACAUCUCUUUAAGGUUUAAAAGGACACAUAUCAAGAUGAAGAAACAACCCAGAGGCUACGGUCUCCGCUGCCACCGUGCCAUCAUCACCAUCUGCCGUCUCAUUGGCAUCAAAGACAUGUAUGCCAAGGUCUCGGGGUCCGUGAACAUGCUCAACCUCACCCGGGGCCUCUUCCAUGGGCUCUCUUGCCAGGAAACCCACCAACAGCUGGCUGAUAAAAAGAGUCUCCAUGUUGUGGAGUUCCGGGAGGAGUGCGGCCCUCUGCCCAUCGUGGUCGCCUCACCCCAGGGAGCCGUGAGAAAGGAUCCAGAGCCGGAAGAUGAGGUUCCGGACAUCAAACUGGACUGGGAGGAUGUGAAGAUCGCCCAGGGAAUGAAGCGCUCUGUGUGGUCGGGUUUAAAGAGAGCUGCCACCUGAGUUCUCCUGGGCCUCAUCCACCCGUUGGUCAGGUCAGCACCUGGAGGAGACUCAGCUCGUUCACCUUGGAACAUCAUGGCUUUUUUUUUUUUUUUUUUUAAGGAGAAAGACCAACCUCAAGUUCUUUAUUUACAAAUAAUAAAUAAUUAUAGUUUUAACUUAUUGAGCAUGUGGUAUGUAUUAGUCACUGUGAUAGAAUAUAAUAGAAUCAGGGGCAUAGAAAGGGAGUGGACUGACUAUUCUUGGGGUGGGGGGUGCAGG